AUAAAUUAGAAAAAUUAAGUAUUAAUUAGGUUCACUUUACAAAAUAAAAAUAGAUUAAAGAUUUAUGGAAAGAUGGUGCACUUACUAUGAAGACAAGAUGUUGGGCCCAAGGCAUGGAUGGGUGGCGUCCCCUUCAUAAUAUUCCCCAAUUGAAAUGGUGUUUAAUGGCAACAGGAACUGCAUUAAUGAAUGAAAGUGAAUUAGCUAAUCAUAUUCUCAAAAUGUUAAUCAGUAUUUGUGAAUAUUUCCCUAGCCGAGAUAUGGAUGGUGCUAUUGUAAGACCUUUACCAAGAGUUAAACGUUUGUUAUCUGAUGCAACAUGUCUUCCGCAUAUAGUACAGCUUCUGUUGACUUUUGAUCCUAUUUUAGUUGAAAAAGUGGCAGUCUUGUUACAUUUGAUAAUGCAGGAUAAUCCUAGUAUGCCUCGUUUGUAUCUUACGGGAUUUUUUUAUUUUAUAUUAAUGUAUACUGGAUCAAAUGUUUUAUCGAUUGGAAAACUUUUAAAAAUGACUCAUGCCUGUCAGUCAUUUCGGUCAGAAGAGACACAAUCUUCAAGUAUAAUGCUUCAAAGUGUUCUUGGACAACUUUUACCUGAAGCAAUGGUUUGUUACUUAGAAAAUCAUGGACCAGAUAAAUUUGCUCAAAUAUUUUUGGGUGAAUUUGAUACUCCAGAAGCAAUUUGGAAUAAUGAAAUGAGGAGAAUGAUGAUAGAGAAAAUUGCAACACACAUUGCUGAAUUCACACCACGAUUAAAAUCAAACACUAGAGCCCUAUAUCAAUAUUGUCCUAUACCAAUAAUACAAUAUCCACAACUUGAAAAUGAACUGUUCUGUAAUAUUUAUUAUCUUCGGCAUCUCUGUGAUACAAAUCGUUUUCCUAAUUGGCCUAUUUUGGAUCCUAUCAAAUUAUUAAAAGAUGUCUUAGAUGCAUGGAAACAAGAAGUAGAAAAGAAACCCCCAUCACUCUCAAUAGAUGAUGCCUAUGAGACAUUAGGUUUAGAACGUGGUCAAAUUUAUGAAGAAAGUGUAAUAAGAAAAUCUUACUUUAGACUUGCUCAAAAAUAUCAUCCAGAUAAAAAUCCGGACGGAAGGGAAAUCUUUGAAAAAGUAAACAAAGCAUAUGAAUUUCUAUGUAGCAAAUCUUCCAAACAGUGUGAAGGUCCUGAUCCACAAAACAUUGUCCUAAUUUUAAAAACUCAAACAAUACUUUUUAGUCAAUAUCAAGAAGAACUUCAUCCCUAUAAGUAUGCUGGAUAUCCAAUGUUGAUUAAAACAAUUCAGAUGGAAACUGGAGAUGAACAAUUAUUUUCUAAAUUGACACCAUUAUUAGCUGCUGCUGCGGAAACUGCAUACCACACAGUAAAUUGUUCAGCUUUGAAUGCCGAAGAACUUCGACGAGAAGGAGGAUUAGAAGUAUUAAAAGAAGGAUUUUCCAGAUGUGUUGGAGUUCUUAGUCAUUCAUCAAAAAUGGAUGAUUUUCCAGUUCAAGUGUGUGUUCAUAUUGCACAUUGUUUUACAGUAGCAGCUCAGUUCUCAGCUUGUAGAGAAAGAAUGAUAGAAAUGCCUGAGAUGAUAAAAGAUAUAUGUCGUAUUCUUUAUUUUAAACAAGUUCCUAAACUUUGUGCUGUGAUUGUUGAAUGUAUCAGUUCACUUGCAGUUGAUGAAAUACUUCAGAUGCAUCUAUUUCAAGCAGGUGUUUUAUAUCACCUUUUGCAAUUUUUCUUCAAUUAUGAUUAUACAUUAGAGGAAGGAGGAGUUGAAAGAAAUGAGGAAACUAAUCAGCAAGAAAUUGCUAAUCAGUUAGCAAGACUGAGUGUUGUAGCAUGCAGUCGGUUGGAUGGUUAUGCUGGAAAAGGUCUAACGCCUGAAAAUUUUCCUAUUCACAGAGCAUUGAAUGCAAUGCUGACUCCCUAUCUUGCUAAGCAAUUGAGUUCACUUCCAGCUUCUGAGGUUUUAAAACUCUUAAAUAGUAAUACAGAAAAUCCAUAUUUAAUUUGGGAUAAUGCUACAAGAGCAGAAUUAAUGGAAUAUUUGAAAAAUGAACAAAGAAGCAAAAUCAGAUCAGGUGAAUGUGAUCCUUCUUUUGGAGCUGAUUUUGUUUUUACCGUACAUUCCUCUGAGUUAAUUAUUGGAGAAAUAUUUGUUAGGAUAUACAAUGAACAGUCAACUUACCCUCUACAAGAUCCAAAUCGCUUUACUUUGGAUUUAUUAGAUUAUCUUGGGUCACAAGCACAAUACCUUCAUUCACUUAUGGCUUUAACAGCAGCAAAAGUAGGUGUAAAUAAAAAUGUUGAAAGAUUAAGAAAUGUUGAGAUGGCAUUAGAAGCAUUAAAAAAUGUCAUACGUAACAAUCCAGGUGUGGAAGUCCAGUGUAUUGGCCAUUUCAAGUUGCUGUUUAGCCUUCUUCGUUUAGAUGGUUGUUCUAAAGUUCAAGCUCAUGCAAUUGAUGUAAUUGCGGGAGUCACUGGUAAUCAAGAGUGUGUAAAUGAUAUUGCUGCAUCAGAAGUCUUAGUUUAUCUUCUCCUUAUUUUGCACUCUUUUGCUAAUUCAGCUAGUCAAAUAACUGUAUUGGAAACAAUGUUACCUCUUAUGUCAAAUAAUAGAUUAGUUAAAGAAUCAAUGUACAAAGGUGCUGUGAUAUAUUUGUUAAAUUUAUUUUGCAAUUCACCAAAUCCUAAUGUUCGAGAACAUACUGCUGAGUUGUUAGCAAAAAUGACAACAGAUAAAUUAAUAGGUCCAAAAAUUAGAAUAAUUUUAGGAAAAUUUCUUCCCCAGUUAUUUUUAGAUGCCAUGAAAGAUUCUUCUCAAGCUGCUGUACAUAUGUUUGAAGGUACACAGGAAAAUCCAGAAUUAAUUUGGAAUGAAGAAACAAGGGAAAGAGUAUGCAAUAUUGCAAAAAGAAUGGCUGAUGAACAUUACAGAAUGCAAAAAGAUAAUCCAUCAGCAACUUGGAAGCUGCCAGAUGAUUUUUCUUUAGAAUUACCAAAAGAGCAAGGGGAGAUUAUACUAGCUGGAGUUUAUUUAAGAUUAUUUAUUCAAAAUCCAGGUUGGGUCUUGAGAAGACCAAAAGAAUUUCUGAUAGAACUAUUGAACAAAGCACAUGAAUUAAUGUCUAAAACAGGUCUUAAUGGAGAAAUGUUAGAAACCAUAAUUCAAGCAUUAGUAAGUUUUCUUCAAGCUCAACCUGCUUUACUCGAUCACAUUCCAGCUAUGGGUCACAUCCCUCGACUUAUGAAAGUAAUGGGAAAUGGUCAGGAGGGCACAGCUAGAUCCUGCAUUCUUAUACUCCAUCAAUUAGUGAACAAUGAGGGAUGUAUAAAAUCACUUGCACAAGUGGAAUGUAUACCACCUCUAAUUAAAGCUAUGCAGCUUCGUCAGGAUAUGGUAGGAAUUGCCUGUGAGGUACUCAAUAAAAUGUUUAUGCAGAAAAAUGAAGAAUUAACACAACAGGCUAUAGAAGCAAAACUUGUUCCUUAUUUAUUACAAUUGCUUGAAGGAAAAUUAGAAGCUGUAUCAAAUCCAUCUGCUACCAGAGCCCAAAUUGUUCAAGCUUUAAAAUCUUUAAGUGAUUCUCUGCAUUAUGGAGAACAGAUUAAAAACAUGUUAGAUCAGUCUAAAGUGUGGUCCGAUUAUCGUGAACAAAAGCAUGAUCUUUUCAUUUCCUCCACGAAUACUGCAGGAUACUUGACUGGAGGCACACCUAACGUUGCUGGUUAUUUAACCCAAGAUACAACUAGAAUUAUGCCAUCUUCUCCACCACCUUUCAAUGCUGAUGGUUCAACAACUGAUGGUUGAACAACUAGUGUUCCAUAGUCAUUCCGUUCCAAGUGUAAAAUCAAAUGGGUCACAGAAGACUUUGCACUACUUCUACUGAGUCUAAGCCUUUGUGACGAUCAUUGCCAUAUAAUAUGUAUAAAUAUUACGAACUUGGAUUGAUUGUGUUUUAGACAAUCAAAUGAACCUGCAGAAAUUUUGUAUCAUCAUAAUAUGAACAAAAAAAAUUUGCUAUAAAUGAAAAUAUUUCCCACAGAAAAGAGGAAAAACAAAAAGUAAAUUUGAAUACAAGAUUUGCAAUUUAUUCAUUGGAUGCAAAAAUUACAUUCAAUUACUGUUGCGCCCGAAAAAGUUUGUCAAGGACGAGCUUUCAUUUCACAUCUCAUAAUGGGAACAAAACCUAAAAGAUUAAAUGAAAUUGUUAAUGUCCUUUAUUAUCUGUUAUCAAGUGAUGAGUUUAUGUUGUAAUUUGUACAAUACAAUAUACUAAAUAAAAAUAUUUUGUUGCAA